AUGCAGGGUCUGGAGAACCACUUCCCGUACUAUAAGGCCAACAGUGUUGUCAGAAUCUCUUGUAGAAAUGCUGCUCUCCUGCCGUCUUGUAAUGCUCUUUUUGCCACCACCACUACUGUCGUAGCCAUACCCAGCGCGAACACCGCUCCCAACACCGAACAACACCCGACGACCACUCUUCUCACACAGCAACCGCCACCUCCGCCAACACAACUUUCAACCAUUUUUCACCAACGUAACCACAACAAAGCAACACCAUCGAGCGCCACCGCCACCACCAACACCGCCUCCGACUUUCCAUCCAUCACUGUCUUCCGCUUAUCCACCUUCCACUACUUUCAUCCACUUUCGAUCAUCCACCUUCCACCACUACUAUAUGUCUUCCACUAUGCACCUUCCACUAUUACCAUCCACUUUCUACCACCACCACCCACUUUCCAAAAUCCACCUCCAACCAUUUACCACAACCUCCUAUCAUCCACUAUCCACCAUCCACCUUCCACUUCCCACCAUCCACCAUCCACCUUCCACUUCCCACCAUCCACCAUCCAACAUCCACCAUCCACCUCCCACCAUCCACCUUCCACCUUCUACCUUCCACUACAUCCGCCUUCCACCAUCACGGCCAACAGCAUCAGCGGAGCCACCAGGACCUUAGCCUGA